AUGAGUUGGGCCAACGAGAGCAUCACUGAAGCAUUUGUUCUCUUAGGUUUCUCGGAUCAGCCAUGGCUGGAGUUCCCACUCUUUGUGGUCUUCUUGACUUCUUACAUAGUGACCAUCUUUGGAAAUGUCAACAUCAUUCUGCUGUCCCGUUUGGACCCCAGACUCCACACCCCCAUGUACUUCUUUUUGACUAAUCUAUCAGCCAUAGACCUGUGUUACAUCACAUGCACAGUGCCACAGAUGCUGGUCAAUUUACGCAGCAUUAGGAAAGUAAUCAGUUAUGGUGGCUGUGUGGCCCAGCUCUUCAUGUUCCUGGCCUUGGGGGCUACUGAGUGUGUCCUUCUGCCAGUCAUGUCCUUCGACAGGUUCGUAGCCAUCUGUCGGCCUCUCCAUUACUCAGUCAUCAUGCACCAGAGGCUCUGCCUCCAGUUGGCAGCUGUGUCAUGGAUCAUUGGCUUUGGAAACUCGGUGUGGCUGACCAUCCUCACUCUCCAGUUGCCACGCUGUGGCCACUAUGUCAUAGAUCACUUUCUCUGUGAAGUGCCUGCACUGCUCAAGUUAUCUUGUGCUGAUACGACUGCAAAUGAGGCCGAACUAUUCUUUGUUAGUGUGCUCUUCCAUCUUCUACCUCUGACUCUCAUCCUCAUAUCCUAUGCUUUCAUUGCCCGUGCAAUCUUGAAAAUCCAAUCUGCUGAAGGACGACAGAAGGCCUUUGGGACCUGUGGCUCCCAUCUCAUAGUGGUGUCACUGUUCUAUGGCACAGCUGUCUCCAUGUACCUACUGCCACCUUCACCACACUCCAAAGACCCAAGAAAAAUGGUUUCCCUUUUCUAUGGAAUCAUUGCACCCAUGCUCAACCCACUUAUCUAUACACUUAGGAACAAAGAGGUAAAGGAAGCCUUUAAAAGGUUGAUCAAGAGAUUCUUCUUAACCAAAAGCUAA